AACGCUUAUAUCCGCUCCCCUCCGUAUUCCAUUCUCUUUCCAAACGCUCUCUCUCUCUCUCUCUCUCUCUCUCUCUCGCUCUCGCGCCGGAAUAUUCCCUUCCGGCUUCGGUUGGUUUCUAGACUAUGGGAAUCGUGUUCUGAAGAAGAAGAAGAAGAAGAAUCGGUGAUUUUUUGGGGGGCUAUUUAGCGAGAUUCUUGAGUGAAAGAUCUGAUCUUUGGGGUUUUCUUUGUUCGGUUUCCGGAUCUGCAAACAAAAGCAGUUCCUUGAGGUAUUCGUGUAACGAUUGAUGUCUUUGGGGGCGGAAACCGCGUCGCACUGGUGCUACAGAUGCAAUCGAUUCAUUAGGGUUUGGAGCCAGGACUCCAUCGCUUGCCCCAAUUGCAACGGAGGCUUCAUCCAGGAGAUCGACGCCCCGGCGAGAUCUGGCCUUUCGGAGCCCCGGCGCCGCCGGAUGUACAUGAUCGGGAACGGGCCGGAGCCAGGCCAGGGUUCCAGCCCUAGGCUCCGCCGGAGCCGGAGGGUCGGUGGGGAUCGGUCGCCUUUCAAUCCGGUCAUCGUGCUUCGCGGGGCAUCGGAGGGAGGUGCUUCCGACGGCCCCACUGGCGGCGGCGGUGGUGGGGGGUUCGAGUUGUAUUACGACGACGGUGCUGGGUCGGGAUUGAGGCCGUUGCCGGCGAGUAUGUCGGAGUUUUUGUUAGGGUCGGGUUUCGAACGGCUCCUGGAUCAAUUGUCCCAAAUCGAAGCCAACGGAAUUGGGCGUGUUGACCAUCCGCCGGCGUCCAAGGCCGCGAUUGAGUCGAUGCCCACUAUGGAGAUCGUCGAGAGCCACAUCGCCACCGAGCCACACUGCGCCGUUUGCAAAGAGGCCUUCGAAUUAGGCAACGAAGUUCGCGAAAUGCCCUGUAAGCAUAUAUACCAUUCAGAUUGCAUACUUCCAUGGCUUUAUUUACGCAAUUCAUGCCCCGUUUGUCGCCACGAGCUGCCCUCCGAUGGCACAAGCCCUCUUGAUUCGAAUCGGGGCCAAAACGAACAGACUCAGAUUGCAAACGAUGAUGAGACUGUUGGGUUAACCAUAUGGAGGCUCCCUGGAGGAGGGUUUGCUGUUGGGAGGUUUUCGGGUGGAAGAAGAGGCGGCGAGCGCGAGCUCCCGGUUGUUUACACGGAGAUGGAUGGUGGUUUCAAUAACAAUGGUGCUCCCAGGAGGAUUUCAUGGGCAUCCAGAGGAAACGUGUCAAGAGAAAGUGGUGGAUUGAGAAGGGUUUUCCGGAACUUGUUUGCUUGCUUUGGAGGGUCUAGUUCUUCGGCCUCAAGCUCUAGUUCAGAUUCACGAAUCAGUCGCCGGAGUAGUUCUAUAUCUUCAGUAUUUAGCUCGGCUUCUCGGAGGCGCGGGCCGUGGAUUGUGGAUGCAAAUAAUGGAGCCAGGAGAUGGUAAUCAUGGAGGGGCAGAAAUCAUUAGCUCAUCCCCAUUACCAGGAGGAAAUGCCUGUGGAAGACUCGGUUAUCUAUUUGCUGUAAAUAGCAAGAAAUGAGAAAUCAUAUGAAACUACUAAGACUCAUUGGUUGCAUUGUUUGGACGAUAAUUCACGGCCAUCGAGUUGCUAUGAGCUGUUCUUUUACUUUAGCAAAUCUAUACCAUAAUGAAGCAGAAAAUGUCCACGAGUUCAAAAGAAGCAAUUCUGGCUCAAGAGUAUGCUUUUGGGAAUUGAAAGGGGACAUGGCCUAGUAUCAUAUGCCACUCUGCCUUUGAACUUGAAAGCAGCUGCAGUUCAUUUCUGUUUCAUUUUCCCUUUUAUCCCUUUAUUCCUUUCCCAAACUUGUAGUCAGCUCUAAUUCCCUGUCUUGCUUGCUUUCUCAUUUAUAUUUCAGAAAUUUAUAAACUUCUAUUUAAAGCUCCA